CUUCCUCGUCUAGUCAAGAAAUAAAGCAUGAGGCGUCAUUCCGCUUCCUGUCCACGGUGCAUUGUGGGGUGAGCGGGACGCCAUUAGAUCGCAUACCGGUUAUCGCACGAGUAGCUUGUUCUCCCUGCGCCAGUUACCAUGUCUAUCGGCGUGCCCAUCAAAGUGCUUCAUGAGGCCGAGGGGCACAUAGUCACCUGCGAGACCAACACCGGCGAGGUGUACCGGGGCAAGCUGAUUGAGGCCGAGGAUAACAUGAACUGCCAGAUGUCAAACAUCACGGUGACCUACAGAGAUGGCAGAGUAGCACAGCUUGAGCAGGUCUACAUUAGAGGGAGCAAAAUCCGUUUUCUUAUCCUUCCAGACAUGUUGAAAAAUGCUCCAAUGUUAAAGAGCAUGAAGAAUAAAAAUCAAGGCUCGGGGGCUGGAAGGGGAAAAGCAGCCAUUCUCAAAGCCCAAGUGGCAGCAAGAGGCAGAGGGCGUGGAAUGGGUCGGGGAAAUAUCUUCCAAAAACGUCGAUAACCAGUUGGGAUUUUGUAAUUUUUAUUUUUAUUUUUUUUGUCUAUUUUUUGUGUUUUGGUUAUGUAAUUGCUGAAAUACCAUUGUUUUUAAUUGUUUAUUAAAAGCUAUUUGUAACAGUG